CUAGAUCUAAAACAGAUAGUUUUCAAAAAUUGGUUUAAGAGAAAAAGAAUGUUGAAUUUAUUUAAGUCACAAUAUCACUACCAAUCCAAAAACUGCUCCAGGGGUUUGUAUAUAUCUAAGCAAUGUACUUCUCAUUUGUAUACAUGCGGUCAGUAUGUUUUUACCUGGUUGGUCAUCCAACACAAUUUUGUCAAUGAUACUUUAUAAGCUUCGUUCUAAAUUAAUAAAAUCAGUUCAUAAUUAUAGUAUUUAUAUGAUCAGAACAAGAGUACAUCCUAAUAUAUAACAUUUACAAACGUUGUUUGUUGAUGUUUUGAGUUAGUUUUGAGACUAUAUUUAACCAUUCCAUUUUGCUCUGAGAUUAUACUACAACCACGCCUUCUUUCGAAAACAACCAGUUGGGAAUUGAAGUCGAGAUAACUGCAAGAUAAACAGAUAAAACAUUGUACGGACUAAUUCAUAAAGCAGACAAACAGCAUUAAAAUGGCGAUUGGAUGUGGAGCAAAAUGUUCAAAGUUUAUGUUGAUUGUCUUCAACUUUAUUUUUUGGUUGUCCGGAGCGGCUCUCCUCGGGAUCGGAAUAUGGCUGAGAGUUGAUCCCACAAUCCUCAAACUUCAGGAUCUCAUCUCCAUAUCAACAGACGAUCAAUAUUUGAAUUACAUCGCCUAUUUUCUGAUUGGUGUUGGGGCGUUUGUAUUCCUUGUGGGGUUCCUGGGAUGCUGCGGAGCUAUCAAAGAGAGCAGAUGCAUGCUUGGAAUGUACAUUUUCUUCAUGGUUUUGAUCAUGGGAGCUGAAAUUGCUGCUGGCGUCCUUGCUAUCGUUUACAAGGCACAGAUUGAAAAGGAACUAAAUAAAAGCCUGGCAACGGAAAUUAAGGAGAAAUUUGAAGAAACCAAUGCUAUUGGAGCAGCCAUGGGUUAUACUCAGCUAUAUUUUGAUUGCUGUGGAGUCAGUGGUCAAGCAGACUAUGUGAAUAGCAAAUUCUCCAAUAUGACCUCUCGUUAUGACUGUUGUGGAGUAGAGGGUGUAGAAACUUAUAAUAACAGUCUCUUCCAAAAUACUACAAAGAAGCUAUACCCAGUCACCUGUUGCAAGGCUAGAACAAAGGACUACGCCAACUUCAAUAACACAGAAUGGGAAGACCAAACUUGUCUCGCUGGUACAAACACUGAUUUAAUAAAUGAUAAAGGAUGUUUGAAGGCUCUUGAAGGUUGGUUCAGCAGUCAUGCUACCAUGUUCAUUGGAAUUGGCAUUGGAAUCGCAUGUCUUGAGCUGUUUGGAUUCAUCUUCGCAAUCUGUCUUUGCCGAAAUGUUGGUGAAGAGGAAUAGAGACUGUCACCUCAAGCUGUAGAUAUAUAUAUAUAUAAUCUGAAUUGCCGUCUGCUGCAACAAUGCAUUAUGGGUAAAACUCAUAACAUGAAGAAGGGAGGAUUCUCUAAAAUUUACAUCUGGAUCUUAAUGUGUUACAAUCUGAAACAGAAAGUGAAUGAGACUUCUCAAAUAAAGAGAAAUAUCUCUCAGAAUGUGUGUGUCAUAGUUUAAAGUUGAGUAUUACUUAUAAUCCAUUGUUUACAUGAGAGUGGAUUUGUUGCUAUGGUAAGAUGUUGGAGGAUGGAUAUAUGCCAUAUAUGACCAUUAUGGUUGUGUUGAUGUGACAUA